CAGGGUCUUCGGUUUCCUUUCUUCGCCAUAGAAUUUAAAGCUGCUGGCAGCACUCGAGGCGAUCUCUGGGUUGCUACAAAUCAGUGUGCCGGCGCUUCGUCAGCGUGCCUCAGCGCUAUAGACCAGCUAAUCGCGUCGCUUCGAGAGUACACGCAACGUGUCGACAACUUGUGCUACUGUAUUGCUGUGGACAAUAAUACCGCCCAAUUAUAUAUAUCGUGGAGGGAAGAUGACUUGAACUAUUACCUCCAGCAGGCUGAAGCGUUUUUGCUGUGGAGCCCAGAGCAUUUCAGGAACUUUCGCAAACAGGUCCGAAACAUUCUUGAUUGGGGAAAGGACGCGCGCCUACAGCAGAUUAGGGAUGCUUUGGAUAUAAUCCUUACGGAGAACAGG